AAAUUUUCUCUUCUGCCCUUUCCCCCUCUUCUUGCUGGCGGGGUUGAUCCUCAUUACAGUUUGCUCAGAUAUUUGGAAGUGAAUUUAGGGCCCUCCCCCCAACUUAUGAUUUUAUAGCCAAUAGGUGAUGAGGUUUAUUUGCAUAUUUCCAGUCACAUAAGCAGCUCUGGAGUGGAGACAGUGUCAGACUCAAUUCCUCCUCCUCCUCCUUAAAGGAAAUCUGCCACUUCUAGCUGCCCAGUCCUUCCCUUUAAAGGGCGACUUGCCCCGCGUGGGACCGCGGCUGCAGCUCUCUCCCGCCUCCGAUUCAGCCAGUACAUCGGUCCCUCCGUGCGCCAGCCCGCGCCGUACAGCUACUACAGAGGGACGCGUCCGGAGAUGAAUAGCAAAGCACUGCUCCUGGUGGGCCUGGGCUUGUGGCUCCAGAGUCUGACCGCCUCCCGCGGAGGGGUGGCCAUCGCUGACAGAGGAAGAGAUUUUAGAGACAUUGAAAGUAAAUUUGCCCUUAGGACCCCUGAAGAUACAGUUGAAGACACUUGUCAUCUCAUUCCCGGAGUGGCAGAGUCUGUAGCUAACUGCCACUUCAACCACAGCAGCAAAACCUUCGUGGUGAUCCAUGGCUGGACGGUUACAGGAAUGUAUGAGAGCUGGGUGCCCAAGCUCGUGGCAGCCCUAUACAAGAGGGAACCAGACUCCAAUGUCAUUGUGGUAGACUGGCUGUCACGGGCCCAGCAGCAUUAUCCUGUGUCUGCAGGCUAUACCAAACUGGUGGGAAAUGACGUAGCCAGAUUUAUCAACUGGAUGGAGGAAGAAUUUAAUUAUCCCCUGGACAAUGUUCACCUCUUGGGAUACAGCCUUGGAGCCCAUGCUGCCGGCAUUGCAGGAAGUCUGACCAAUAAGAAGGUCAACAGAAUUACUGGCCUUGAUCCAGCUGGACCUAAUUUUGAGUAUGCCGAAGCUCCAAGUCGCCUUUCUCCAGAUGAUGCGGAUUUCGUAGACGUGUUACACACAUUCACCAGAGGGUCACCUGGCCGAAGUAUUGGCAUCCAGAAACCAGUAGGGCAUGUUGACAUUUACCCUAAUGGAGGCACUUUUCAACCAGGCUGUAACAUUGGGGAAGCUAUUCGAGUGAUUGCAGAGAAAGGCCUUGGAGACGUGGACCAGCUAGUGAAGUGUUCCCAUGAGCGUUCCAUUCAUCUCUUCAUUGACUCCCUGUUGAAUGAAGAAAACCCAAGUAAGGCCUACCGGUGCAAUUCAAAGGAAGCCUUUGAUAAGGGGCUUUGCCUGAGUUGCAGAAAGAACCGCUGCAACAACCUGGGCUAUGAGAUCAAUAAAGUCAGAGCCAAGAGAAGCAGCAAAAUGUACCUGAAGACUCGUUCUCAGAUGCCCUACAAAGUCUUCCAUUACCAAGUAAAGAUACAUUUUUCUGGAACUGAAAGUAUCACACAGACCAGCCAGCCAUUCGAGAUAUCUCUGUAUGGCACCGUGGCUGAGAGCGAGAACAUCCCUUUCACCCUGCCUGAAGUUUCUACCAAUAAGACAUACUCCUUCCUCAUUUACACCGAGGUGGAUAUUGGAGAACUGCUUAUGCUGAAACUCAAAUGGAACAGCAAUUCAUACUUCAGCUGGUCAGACUGGUGGAGCAGCCCUGGCUUUGCUAUUGAGAGGAUCAGAGUAAAAGCUGGAGAGACUCAAAAAAAGGUGAUCUUCUGUUCCCGGGACAAAGUGUCUUAUUUGCAGAAAGGAAAGUCACCAGUGGUAUUUGUGAAAUGCCAUGACAAGUCCCUGAAUAAAAAGUCUGGCUGAAACUGGGCAGAUCUACAGAAAGAAGAACAGCACAUGAGUUCUGUGAAAAAUGAAGUGAAUGAAAUAACUUUUACGGAAGAUAUCUGAUGUUUUGGGUGUUUAAAAGUGGAUUUUCCUGAGUAUUAAUCCCAGCUAUAUUCCUAUUAGUUUCUUUAGGAGACAGUCUCAAAUACUAAAAUGUGGCUAAUUCUACUUGAGGAAUAUAGUGGCCAAAUAGCACAUCUUCCCACGUUAAAAGACAGCAGAUAUGAAAAGCGCUGCAUUCUGACUUUGAGAAAGAGUUAAGAAUUGUUUGAGCCCUGGUAAAAUAUGAUUUCUCCAUUGGCAUAUUUAGCCAGAGUCUAAAAUUGAUUAGAACCUCCUAUUUUAAUUGGAACUGUAGAUUUUCUGAACUGAUGCCAUCACAUUUUCUCCAAGUCU